CAGCAACUAUACCAUUUCAGUAACUCUCUUGGUAGUGCUGAAAUCCUUAAUUAGCCUCUUAUCCUAACAAUGGAGGAUUCAUGGCAUAGCUUGGUUUCUCAAUGGGAAAUGGAUGAUUUCUUCAACCAAAGCCACACGAUCCAUUGCAAUGAAGAAGAGUCUCCGAAAAACAUGAUUGUUUUCUCUCACGAAAGCAAUAUUCCAUCUUCUUCCUCCCUCCAAAGUAACUUGAACUCGAAAACUUCAUCAAUUUCUGCUGGCCAUGUUUUGGGUUUUGAUAACCCUAAUUCUGAAGCACAUCAGAACCACUCUUCCAAAAGCACGAAACAGAGCCAAAACGCGAUUCCAAGAGCAAACAGACAACAUCACAUAUUGGCUGAGAGAAAAAGGAGAGAAGAAUUGACGAAGAACAUCGUAGAACUUUCCGCCAUCAUUCCUGGGUUAAAAAAGAGAGACAAGGGCAGUGUGGUACUUGAAGCUGUGGAUUAUGUGAAACGACUUAAAGAACGAGUGAAAGAGCUGGAAAAUAAAAAGAGUGAAAUUAUGAAUUCAAGAAGCCUCACCAAGAAACCAACAAGUGUGGAAGAAGAACUUCCAGAAAUGAAGAUUUCCGUUUCAGACAGGGAAGUGCUUAUAGGAAUUUUUUGUCACAAUCCAAGCAAUACUUUAGUCAAAGUGUUGUCGUUGCUCGAUAAUCUUCAUCUUUCUACGAGAUGUUCUAGUGUGUUGCCAUUUGGAACUUCAACAUUUAAGGUCACUAUUAUUGCUAAGAUGAAUGACGAAUAUAGCAUGACCAUCGAUGACCUAAUAAAAGAAGUUGGAGGACGCUUAUUGAAGUCACACAAGGUGGUAAAGUGA